CCUAAGUCUUUCAGUAAACAAGGGGGCGUGACGAGACUAAUAAUGGAUAAAACUUUUAUAGGCAAAAAGAAGUACAGCUCGUCUCUGACAGCAGCAGCUCUGCAAGACCACAUUAGUCGACAGAUAUCACUGAGCGACCCAACUGUUGUCAAGGUGAAGAGGAAGAAACAGGCUUUAAAACUUCAGUUAAAACCAUCAAAGUCCUGUACGAAAUGUGGCAGCCAAGGUUCAGCUGAACAAGAGUAUGUACUGGAUGUUGCCCCGCCCCCGCUCACACUAGCACAGAGCCUCGGACUAGUGGAGGCACCACAGCAGCUGUUAUCUUGUGCCGAGUGGGAGGGUGUGAGGGUGUGCUCUAAUAAGAGAGAGGACUCGCGGCUACCGUGCCCGAUAUGUCAAGAAGAGUUCCGACUAAGUCAACAGGCCCUUCUCUCUUGUUCUCAUGUGUUCCACUUGACAUGUCUCAAGUCGUUUGAGAGAUUCUCGCGCACCAAGCGCUGUCCCCUGUGUCGGAGGGAGGGUUACCAAACCAGAGUGGUCUAUGAGGGAGCCAAGCAGACCAGGAUCCAAGCUGCUACUAGAAUUCAGUCGGGCUGGCGAGGGUACAAAGUUCGUUGCUGUUACAAGGCGUACAGAGAGACACACCCACCCUCUCACCCGUCACUACGGAAACGACAUUACGAGGACAAACUGAGUCGUCUCACAGGACAGCUGAUGAUGUCAUGUGAUGUCAGAGCUGAGGGCGUUGCAUCAAUGCUGAGUGAAUGUGACCAGUCUCUGGAGAAAGCAAGAUCUGUUAUGAGAGCUUUUGAUAUCUGCACUGAUCAGGAUGACGACCUUUGGACCUCAGCUCGUGAGAAAGCAAAGUCCCAUCUCUUGAGUGACUGUUCCGUAUGCCUCACACAUCUCACACAGCCUCACACCCUCACAAAGCCACGCCCCCUCACUCUUCUCUCAUGCGGACACCUCCUACACACCUCCUGUAUAAACUCACUAGAACAGUAUUCCGAUAGUUGUGCUCACCUUUGCCCUCUGUGCAGAUCACCAUACAGCAAAAUAGCAUUCACAUGAUUACAAUUUAAAUUUGACUGUGUAUUGUCCUACGAGCUUGUGUACUAUAUCUUGCAUUGUCAA